UCCGUCGUUCCCCGCACCUCCCGCUGAGUCCCGCGCCCGCCGCCCGGAGGCCAUCGCCGCGCCCAAGAUGUGGCACAACGUGGGGCUGACCCUGCUGGUGUUCGUGGCCACGCUGCUGAUCGUCCUGCUGCUGAUGGUGUGCGGUUGGUAUUUUGUAUGGCAUCUAUUUUUAUCUAAAUUCAAGUUUCUUCGAGAACUGGUGGGAGAUACUGGAUCCCAGGAGGGAGAUCAUGAGCCUUCAGGGUCUGAAACGGAAGAAGACCCAUCAGCCACUGCACACAGGUUACGAUCUGCUCGUCAGCGCCGGGCACCUGCUGAUGAAGGCCACUGACCCCAGACAUGGGCUCUAUUCCUGAGUAAAUGGUAAAAGGCAGUUAUAAGCCUCUGUCUUCAGUGAUGUGACUUUGAAAUUUACUAAAUGACCGAACAGCAUUUCUACUUGGAUUUUGUGUCCAGUUCAAAAACAGAUUUACACAUAAGCCAUAUCGAAAUAAAGGGAAUUGAAACAAGUUAGACCCUGAAAAUUUCAUCUUAAGAAUAUUUUGCUUCCCUAGCUCUCUACUUAACGCAGUUGUUCCUUAUCUCUUGGGCUAUCUUUUUUAUUUUUGCACUGAUAUGAAUCUGGUAAACAUUUCAAGCUUGAAGAAACAUUUUAUUGGACAGAAAAUGUACUGUUUGGCUGACAUUGUAAUGUGUCUGAAUUUGGGAUGCAUUUCAUGACUAUCAGUGGUGGUUCAUGUUAUUUCCUAGCCAUGCAUGCGUGAAGUCACAGCUCGUCCCAUUGUCAUCGCCUUCACCUGUGUGUGUGUGCUUGUCAUCAAAGGCGUUUAGAAAUGCCUACACUAUGAUUCAGCAUGGGAAUGCAUACAAAUGCAACAGCAGGGUGUACAUUUGAUAUUAGCGAAGCAAAUAUUCAUCGUUGAAGGAAUGACCAGCAUUCCUUAUUUUCUUACGAGGCAACAACAAGAAAAUGCAUUACAGGACCUAAAAGGAAGAUCCCCACAAAUAAAUGAAAUUGUACCAUGUUUUGGCAAUGAGGCAGGUAUAAAAGGAAUGCCCGUCACAGGCCAAAUGGUGCAACUGAAGGCAGGAGAAAUUGCCAAAGCCCUUGGAAUCCAUGAAGCAAAAUUGAAAGCAACAGAAAGCUGGUGUGACCAAUGCAGCAUCAAGCAGGAUUGCCAUUACGGUAUUAGUAUUUUAUCCAAAGCUUCUUGCUUCCAUUCAGUGGAAGACAGGGUUGGAGCCCUUCUUCAGGAAAUGCUGCGUCUCAGUACUCUUGACACCAAGGACUAUGUGUGGGAAAAGCAGCCACUGCAUUUAAAAAGUGAUUCAGAAGAGUUGGACUCAGAAUAUGAAGUUAUAACUUAACCAAUUGCUUUUCCCUUUUCUUUAGGUAUACACAAAAUUGAUGUGGUGAGCAUCUGUUUAACUUUAGGAGCACCCUUUCAAUAAGUAUCAAAGAAACAAUUUCUGUGAUACAAGGCAUGUGUUGUAGUUAACAGGCAGCAUUUUUUCUUAGCAAUGUACAAUGGUGCAUCUUAACAAUGAAUUGCCUCUUAGAUUAGGUAAAACAUGAUAGUUUGUAAGUUUAUUUUUCUUUUCAAGGUAGCAGUUAUUUAUUGGGGAACUGAAUUCUAUCCCUGGUAAUAAUGUUAAAGUAGCUACCUUCUCUGAAAUACAUUUUGGGGGCAAGCUGUUCAGGAUUUGAGGUGUCGUAACUUUAGUGUUAGUAAUAUUAUCUACUGCUUUAGGAAGACUUAAGUCUGGUCACUCCUUUUGUAUGUGAGGACUUCAUGCCCCAGGAAUGCGUUCUGGAGAAACAGUUGGUCUUCACAAAUAAUAGUUCAGUGAUAAGCCCUCCAAGGUAUUGGAUACUUAAAAAACAAAAAAACAGCAGGCAAGAACACCUGCUGAACGGGUCGGAAUGACUCUUGCCAGCUUUCCACGUUUGUCUGACUGAACUUUGGACUGUUUACUAGGGAACAGAUAUGGAUUAACCAAUCUUGUUUAGUGUUCCCAGCUUUGUACAGAAGUGAAAUGCAAAGCCAGUUUAUUUUGUUAAUCAGAGUUUUUUAUUUUUAACCUUUAUUUUGGAAGAGCUGGUUAUCACCUCUCAUGGUGUGUAACUGUGUUGAUACCUCAUUCUUCAUGCUGACAGCUUUUGUUUUUGUGACUAGUUCACUGGCUCUGCCCCAGGUUGUAUACCUGUUGAACACCUCCUAAAUGAUAUUGUGUCUCAUUGGGCAUUUUGAAAGGGAAUCCACAAGGCAGAACUUUACAUAUUUGCUGGGAGAUUGCCCAGUAUCUGAGAGUGGGGUGCAGUCAUUUUAUUCUAAUUUCCUUAGUGGAUGUAUGGUUACUUGAGGGCAUAGAAAACAGUGACAUAGAUCCUACUGUUAAUUGUAAUAUGUCAUAUACUAGCUGAAUAUUACAUUGAAAUGGUCAUUCAUUAAAAAAAAAGAUUAAUACCCCAAAGCAUCUUGGUAUAGGAGUAUAUCUGCAUUAAAAUAUUUCAUAUUUUGUUUUGUGUUUUGUAGUGGCUGUCCUAAGGUUUAGAUGAUAAUAGUUGUUGUAAAAUGUUAGCUUGUGAGCUUCUUGUUGUGUCAGUAUUAAAGAAUGAUGGCUGAUGUUACCUGCCCCCCCAUAGUCACACCCACAUUAUUCUUGGUAAAGAUACAUAUGUUGGACAUGUUAUAUUGGCAUUUGUGUGUUAAACGUAUCUUUGUAGCAUUUUAGGAAAUGAUCUGCAUUAAUGAUAUGCUCUAGAGGCAUAUUGACAGCUCAUACUGGCUGUGUUGAUCUCACUUGGGAAAGGUAAGGAGGAAUUGCUGAAGCCAACACGAAAGUCCACAAACUAAUUUUUUGUUCAAAAGUUCUCUUUUUGUGCAUCCACUUUCUGUAGUGUGUAUUUCUGAGGCACUAAGAGAGGAGAGGGAAAUAGCUGUUCAUGCAGAA